AGAUGUCGCGUACCAUUUGCGAUCCGUUCACAAACCUUCCAGUAAAGUUCGACAUAAGGCAGCUGAUGAGAGAGUUUCAGCCUGAGGUGGAUGGGGGACAGGUGGACGAGGACAAGACGCCCCGCGAUUUUCUACACCGACCCGAUGAGAACUGGGCAGUCCUUCCUAGCUUUAAGUACCAGUUGGAGCACCUAGCACCGUAUCUCUCUUGUCGCAGUAACCCCUAUAUGCGCUGCCGUUACCGGAAAUUUCUGGACAAUGUCCCAAGCAGCUACGUAACAAUUUCUGUAUACGGUUCCAAUAUAAGCAACAUGCCCAAGCCAAGACGAAAGAGUUUAAAUGGACAGUUUUACGGCGUGGACAACAAGUUGGCACCUAUUCCCGCCGUCGCAGACCCCCGGUCUCCACCUCAUCGCAACUGAUUUAAUUUCGAAC